CCGCGGCUCCAGCCGCACUGCCCCGAUGGCUCCCGACCCCCGAGGCUGCCGCAUCCUGCUGCUGCUCUUCUGCUCCCUGGCGGCUGCCCGGGCCGACCUGCUGAACCUGAACUGGCUUUGGUUCAACAAUGAGGACACCAGCCACGCAGCUACCACGAUCCCUGAGCCCCAGGGGCCCCUGCCUGCGCAGCCCACACACAUGGCCCCCCGGAAUGGUUCCACAGAGCCAGCGACAGUCCCUGGCAGCCCUGAACCACCCUCAGAGCUGCUGGAAGAUGGCCAGGACACCCCCACUUCUGCCGAGAGCCCGGACACGCCAGAGGAGAACAUUGCCGGUGUCGGAGCCAAGAUCCUGAACGUGGCCCAAGGCAUCAGGAGCUUCGUCCAGCUGUGGAAUGACACUGUCCCCACUGAGAGCUUGACCAGGGUGGAAACGCUGGUCCUCGAGACUCCCGUGGGCCCCUUUGCCCUCCCUGGGCCUUCCAGCACCCCCCAGGAGAAUGGGACCACUCUCUGGCCCAGCCGUGGCACUCCCAGCUCUCCGGGCGCCCACACGACCGAGGCUGGUACCCUGCCUGCACCCACCCCAUCGCCUCCCUCCCUGGGCAGGCCCUGGGCACCACUCACGGGGCCCUCGGUGCCACCAUCGUCCUCAGAGCGCGUCAGCGAGGAGGUGGGGCUGCUGCAGCUCCUUGGGGACCCCCCGCCCCAGCAGGUCACCCAGACGGAUGACCCCGACGUCGGGCUGGCCUACGUCUUUGGGCCAGAUGCCAACAGCGGCCAAGUGGCCCGGUACCACUUCCCCAGCCUCUUCUUCCGCGACUUCUCGCUGCUGUUCCACAUCCGGCCAGCCACAGAGGGCCCAGGGGUGCUGUUUGCCAUCACGGACUCCGCGCAGGCCGUGGUCUUGCUGGGCGUGAAGCUCUCUGGGGUGCAGGACGGGCACCAGGACAUCUCCCUGCUCUACACGGAACCAGGUGCAGGCCAGACCCACACAGCCGCCAGCUUCCGGCUCCCCGCCUUUGUCGGCCAGUGGACACACUUAGCGCUCAGCGUGGAGGGUGGCUAUGUGACUCUCUACGUGGACUGUGAGGAGUUCCAGAGAAUGCUGCUUGCUCGGUCCUCACGGGGCCUGGAGCUGGAGCCUGGUGCCGGGCUCUUUGUGGCUCAGGCGGGAGGAGCGGACCCUGACAAGUUCCAGGGGAUGAUCGCUGAGCUGAAGGUACGCGGGGACCCCCAGGUGAGCCCCAUGCACUGCCUGGACGAGGAAGGCGAUGACUCAGAUGGGGCAUCCGGAGACUUUGGCAGUGGGCUCGGGGACGCCCGGGAGCUUCUCAGGGAGGAGACGGGCGCGGCCCUAAAACCCAGGCUCCCCAUGCCACCCCCUGUCACCACUCCACCCUUGGCUGGAGGCAGCAGCACGGAAGAUUCCAGAAGCGAAGAAAUCGAGGAGCAGACCACAGUGGCUUCGUUAGGAGCUCAGACACUUCCUGGCUCAGACUCUGUCUCCACGUGGGACGGGAGUGUCCGGACCCCUGGGGACCGCGUGAGAGAGGGCGGCCUGAAGGGGCAGAAAGGGGAGCCAGGUGUUCCAGGCCCACCUGGCCGGGCAGGACCCCCAGGAUCCCCGUGUCUGCCUGGUCCCCCGGGUCUCCCGUGCCCGGUGAGUCCCCUGGGUCCUGCAGGCCCAGCGAGUCCCCUGGGUCCUGCAGGCCCAGCGUUGCAACCUGUUCCCGGACCACAAGGACCCCCAGGGCCUCCGGGGAGGGACGGCACCCCUGGAAGGGACGGUGAGCCGGGUGACCCUGGUGAAGACGGAAAGCCGGGUGAUACCGGGCCACAGGGCUUCCCUGGGACUCCAGGGGACGUAGGCCCCAAGGGCGACAAGGGAGACCCUGGGGUUGGAGAGAGAGGGCCCCCAGGACCCCAAGGGCCUCCGGGGCCCCCAGGACCCUCCUUCAGACACGACAAGCUGACCUUCAUUGACAUGGAGGGAUCUGGCUUCGGUGGCGAUCUGGAGGCCCUGCGGGGUCCUCGAGGCUUCCCUGGACCCCCCGGACCCCCCGGCGUCCCAGGCCUGCCCGGCGAGCCAGGCCGCUUUGGAGUGAACAGCUCCGACGUCCCAGGACCUGCCGGCCUUCCUGGUGUGCCUGGGCGCGAGGGUCCCCCCGGGUUUCCCGGCCUCCCGGGACCCCCAGGCCCUCCGGGAAGAGAGGGGCCCCCAGGAAGGACUGGGCAGAAAGGCAGCCUGGGUGAAGCAGGCGCCCCAGGACAUAAGGGAAGCAAGGGAGACCCCGGUCCUGCUGGCGCUCGUGGGGAGAGCGGCCUGGCAGGAUCCCCUGGACCCGCUGGACCACCAGGUCCCCCUGGGCCCCCUGGGCCACCGGGACCAGGACUCCCCGCUGGAUUUGAUGACAUGGAAGGCUCCGGGGGUCCCUUCUGGUCAACAGCCCGAAGCGCUGAUGGGCCGCAGGGACCCCCCGGCCUGCCAGGACUCAAGGGAGAUCCUGGCGUGCCUGGGCUGCCGGGGGCGAAGGGAGAAGUUGGAGCAGACGGAGCCCCUGGGUUCCCCGGCCUCCCUGGCAGAGAGGGCAUUGCUGGGCCCCAGGGGCCAAAGGGAGACAGAGGCAGCCAGGGAGAAAAGGGAGAUCCAGGGAAGGACGGAGUUGGGCAGCCAGGCCUCCCUGGCCCCCCCGGACCGCCAGGGCCUGUGGUCUACGUGUCGGAACAGGACGGAUCCGUCCUGAGCGUGCCGGGACCUGAGGGCCGGCCAGGUUUCGCAGGCUUUCCCGGACCUGCAGGACCCAAGGGCGACCUGGGCUCUAAGGGCGAACGAGGCUCCCCGGGACCCAAGGGUGAGAAGGGUGAACCGGGCAGCAUCUUCAGGCCCGACGGCGGUGCCCUGGGCCCUGUCCAGAAAGGAGCCAAGGGAGAGCCGGGCUUCCGAGGACCCCCGGGUCCAUACGGACGGCCGGGGUACAAGGGAGAGAUUGGCUUUCCUGGACGGCCGGGUCGCCCCGGGAUGAACGGAUUGAAAGGAGAGAAAGGGGAGCCCGGAGAUGCCAGCCUUGGAUUUGGCAUGAGGGGAAUGCCCGGCCCCCCAGGGCCUCCAGGGCCCCCAGGCCCUCCAGGGACUCCUGUUUACGACAGCAAUGUGUUUGCAGAGUCCAGCCGCCCCGGGCCUCCAGGAUUGCCAGGGAAUCAGGGCCCUCCAGGACCCAAGGGCGCCAAAGGAGAAGUGGGCCCCCCCGGACCACCAGGGCAGUUUCCGUUUGACUUUCUUCAGUUGGAGGCUGAAAUGAAGGGGGAGAAGGGAGACCCAGGUGACGCAGGACAGAAAGGCGAAAGGGGUGAGCCCGGGGGCGGCGGUUUCUUCGGCUCCAGGCUGCCAGGCCCCCCCGGCCCCCCAGGCCCACCUGGCUACCCUGGGAUUCCAGGUCCCAAGGGAGAGAGCAUCCGGGGCCAGCCCGGCCCACCUGGACCUCAGGGACCCCCCGGCAUCGGCUACGAGGGGCGCCAGGGCCCUCCUGGCCCCCCAGGCCCCCCCGGCCCCCCAGGGCCCCCUUCAUUUCCCGGCCCUCACAGGCAGACUAUCAGCGUUCCCGGCCCUCCGGGCCCCCCUGGGCCCCCUGGGCCCCCUGGAACCGUGGGCGCCUCCUCAGGGCAGGUGAGGCUCUGGGCUACGCGCCAGGCCAUGCUGGGCCAGGUGCACGAGGUUCCCGAGGGCUGGCUCAUCUUCGUGGCCGAGCAGGAGGAGCUCUACGUCCGUGUGCGGAACGGGUUCCGGAAGGUCCAGCUGGAGGCCCGGACGCCACUCCCACGAGGGACGGACAACGAAGUGGCCGCCUUGCAGCCCCCCGUGGUGCAGCUGCACGACAGCAACCCCUACCCACGGCGGGAGCACCCCCACCCCACCGCGCGGCCCUGGCGGGCAGACGACAUCCUGGCCAGCCCCCCUCGCCUGCCCGAGCCCCAGCCCUACCCCGGAGCCCCGCACCACAGCUCCUACGUGCACCUGCGGCCGGCGCGACCCACAAGCCCACCCGCCCACACCCACCGCGACUUCCAGCCCGUGCUCCACCUGGUUGCGCUCAACAGCCCAUUGUCAGGCAGCAUGCGGGGCAUCCGCGGGGCCGACUUCCAGUGCUUCCAGCAGGCGCGGGCCGUGGGGCUGGCGGGCACCUUCCGCGCCUUCCUGUCCUCGCGGCUACAGGACCUGUACAGCAUCGUGCGCCGCGCCGACCGCGCAGCCGUGCCCAUCGUCAACCUCAAGGACGAGCUGCUGUUUCCCAGCUGGGAGGCUCUGUUCUCAGGCUCUGAGGGUCCGCUGAAGCCCGGGGCACGCAUCUUCUCCUUUGACGGCAAGGACGUCCUGAGGCACCCCACCUGGCCCCAGAAGAGUGUGUGGCAUGGCUCGGACCCCAACGGGCGCAGGCUGACCGAGAGCUACUGUGAGACGUGGCGGACAGAGGCUCCCUCGGCCACAGGCCAGGCCUCCUCGCUGCUGGGGGGCAGGCUCUUGGGGCAGAAUGCCGCAAGCUGCCAUCACGCCUACAUCGUGCUCUGCAUCGAGAACAGCUUCAUGACUGCCUCCAAGUAGCCGCCGCCUGGAUGCGGAUGGCCGGAGAGGACGGGCGGCUCGGAGGAAGCCCCCACUGUGGGCAGGGAGCGGCCGGCCAGCCCCAGGACCUGGCUGCCAUACUUUCCUGUAUAGUUCACGUUUCAUGUAAUCCUCAAGAAAUAAAAGGAAGCCAAAGAGUGUAUUUUUUUAAAAGUUUAAAACAGAAGCCUGAUGCUGACAUUGACCUGCCCCAACUCUCCCCUGACCUGUGAGCCCAGCUGGCGCGGCCUGCGUCAGGCGGGGUGCAGUAUCAUGCCCUGUGCAACCUCUUGGCCUGAUCAGACCAUGGCUCGAUUUCUCCAGGAUUUCCUGCUUUGGGAAGCCGUGCUCGCCCCAGCAGGUGCUGACUUCAUCUCCCACCUAGCAGCACCGUUCUGUGCACAAAACCCAGACCUGUUAGCAGACAGGCCCCGUGAGGCAAUGGUUGCUGAGGCCACACUCAGCACAGGGCCACCUGGGCUCUUCGCCAGGGUGUGUGCUUGCCCUGCGGUAGAUGGGAGGGAGGCUCAGGUCCCUGGGGCUAGGGGGAGCCCCUUCUGCUCAGCUCUGGGUCAUUCUCCACAGCAAGCUCAGAGGCCCACUGUGACCCCCAGCUCUGGCCUGUCCUCCAACACCACGCACAGCAGCCUGGGGCUGGCCUCCCAAAUGAGCCAUGAGAUACAUACAUCCAAAGCAGACAGCUCCACCCUGGCCGAGUCCAAGCUGGGAGAUUCAAGGGACCCAUGAGUUGGGGUCUGGCAGCCUCCCAUCCAGGGUCCCCAUCUCAUGCCCCUGGCUGGGACAUGGCUCAGCCAGCACUUGUCCAGCUGAGUGCCAGGAUGGAACAAGAUCACGUCGAAGAGGCUGAGGCUGGCACAGGACAUGCGGCAGCCAGCACACAGGGCAGUGAGGGAGGGCUGUCAUCUGUGCACUGCCCAUGGACAGGCUGGCUCCAGAUGCAGGGCAGUCAUUGGCUGUCUCCUAGGAAACCCAUAUCCUUGCCUUCCUUGCGACUGAAGGGGACCCCCAGGGUGCACACAGGCCGCCCUGCGGGCGAACAAAGUAGCCACGAGGUGCAACAAGGUCCUCUGUCACAGCCACCCCUGAGAUCCGGCAACAUCGACCCCAGAGUCAUUCGUUCUGUGGAGGGACAAGUGGACUCAGGGCAGCGCCAGGCUGACCACAGCACGGCCAACACGCACCUGCCUCAGGACUGCGACGAAACCGGUGGGGCUGGUUCUGUAAUUGUGUGUGAUGUGAAGCCAAUUCAGACAGGCAAAUAAAAGGGACCUUUUACGCUGA